AUGGUUCUGAGCUCUAGUUUGUGGUUUACGGUUGGCAAGCCCAACAUCUUCUUCAGUAAGUUCGAUGACAACCUUAUACCCCUCAAAACUGCUUUCAGCUACCUCCAAAACAUCAGUGUCACUGCUCCCCAAAACAUCACCCACGGAUCUCCCCACAUCUACAAAAUCCGUUCCCCUUCGUCUUGCUGGAACAUCCCUGAUCUGGUGUGUAAGAGGUACAACAUCUCACUUGACACCUCACCCUUCAAAGGAGUGGCCACACCUGCUAAGGUUCCAGGCCAGUUCCUGUCUCUGUUCUACACAGACCGGUUAGGUCUUUACCCACAUGUAAGGCAUGCAGGCAGGAAACAGCUUCAUGGUGGCAUACCUCAGAGAGGCAACCUGAAAGCCAGUAUGAACAAGGCCAGAGCCGAUAUUAACUACUACAUCCCAUCUAGGACCAGCCGAGGUCUUGCUGUAAUAGACUGGGAAGAGUGGCGCCCCCUGUGGGAAAGAAACUGGGGCACCAAGAGAAUCUACCAGAUCUUGUCUGUGGCCCAUGCCAUGCAGAGGGACCACACGCUCACAUCACAGCAAGCCAUAUCAAAAGCCAAGCAACAGUUCCAGAUGGCAGCCAGGAGCUUCAUGUCAGCAGUGUUGGCACUGGGCAGAGCUAUGAGACCCAACUACCUCUGGGGCUUCUACCUGUUUCCUAACUGCUACAACUAUGGCUGGCUGGAGCCCGGCUACACAGGCCACUGCUCAAAGGAGGUGAGAAGGCAGAACGAUGAGCUGCUCUGGCUGUGGGAAUCCAGCACUGCCCUCUACCCCUCUGUGUACCUGCAGGCGUCUUUGGGAGACAGUUACAACGCUGUGCUAAUGGUGAGAAACCGUGUCCAGGAGGCUCUGAGGGUGUCGUCCCUGCCCAGACAAACUGCCAAUGCACCGGUGUUCAUUUACACUCGACCUGUCUUCAUCGAUCAGAACAGACGCUUCCUCAGCCAGAGGGACCUGGUCAGCACCAUAGGGGAGAGUGCAGCAGUGGGAGUGUCUGGCGCUGUGCUAUGGGGGGCCAGUGCUGACUACAAUGACAAGGCCUCUUGUGAAGCCCUCUCAUCCUACCUCACCUUCACUCUCAACCCGUAUAUCACCAACGUCACAGCAGCCGCCCAGCUCUGCAGCAACCUCCUGUGUCAAGGCAACGGGCGCUGCGUCCGAAAAAACUCAGACUCAAACCACUACCUCCAUCUCAGUCCUGGUAAUUUCCAAAUUCGGCAUAUCCGGAACCGCUACCUGGUUGUCGGCAGACCUUCCUUCGCAGACCUGAAGAUGUUCAGCAGGAGCUUUACUUGUCAGUGCUACAGAGGCCUCACCUGUACACCCAGGAACUACAGAGAGCUAGCCAAGGACCUGAUAUUUCGUGUGAAGCAAGGGCUGUACAAAAAGACCAAGACGCUGAAUAAAGCCAUGCUGGAUGAUAUGCAACAGGCCAGUCUUGUAAAGGAGAUGUUAAAACGAACCUGA